CUCUACAACAUCGCACGGAACAAGACAAAGUCGCACAAUGUUGAUUAUUUUAACAGCGCGCCUCUGGGUUUCCUUUCAAAGCUUGCAAUGCCUGCUAUGCUACAGCCAGACUUCUGGCUUUCAGUCUUUGUAUGAUUUUUCAGGAUGAUGCAUCAAAGACUUCCCAACGCACCCAAUAAACUUUAGACGCUAGACAACGGUCACAGGAGACAUGGGCUUUCAAGGGACGCAACUCGUUUGACUUUCGAGUCUCGUCCAUUUAUUUCCUCUGGAAGUUAUUUCCCUUGAAAUUGUGGUCAGAUGGCUGCAGUUGCUACUGCGAUAAAGUUCCACGUUUACAUCUUGUAAAAUAAUCUCCUGAUCUAGGUCAACACUGUAGCUUUACGACAUCCAGGCCUGCAACCUGAUUCCCACCAUUUAACUCAAACGCUUAUGUGAUGUGACCUAGAUCGCACGCUUCACCAGUCGGAUUAAAAUCGACAGCUGCUUUAAAAUGGAACUGUCUGAAGUAGCUGAACAGUUUGAAAGAGAUGGUUAUGCAAUUCUGGAAACUUUGUGACUAAAGAAGAGGUUGAGAUGCUGCGGAGGGAAAUGGCAGAUAUCCUUGACAGAUUUGAUAUCAAUGAACACAGGAGUAUCUUCAGAACUGAGGAUCAGUUCAAUGAUGAAUACUUCAUGAACAGUGGAGAUAAGAUUCGCUUCUUUUUCGAAGAUGGCGCCCUUGACAAGGAUGGUAACAUACUGGUUGAUAAGCAUCAAGCGGUGAACAAAGUUGGCCAUGCACUGCAUUGCCUCAGCCCACAUUUUAAUCAAGUGUCCUUCAGUGAGAAAAUGCAGAGGCUGGCUAAAGCGAUUCACCUGAGGGACCCUGUCAUCUGUCAGAGCAUGUACAUAUUUAAGCAACCAAGAAUAGGUGGUAAAGUCAUAGCCCACCAAGAUUCUUCAUUUUUAUAUACCAAUCCAACACGUCUGGUUGGGGUGUGGAUAGCUCUGGAAGAUGCAACAAUAGAAAAUGGCUGCCUUUGGUUCAUACCUGGCUCUCACAAAGAUGGUGUUCAUGGAAAUUAUCGGAUGGUACGCAAGGAGAAUCCUCAACCAGGAAGCAGCUCCACAGAGUUCAUUGGAACACCUCCUGAGUAUGACAGCUCUACAUUUGUUGCCGGUGCUGUUAAGAAAGGAACUGCAGUGUUGAUACAUGGAGAAGUGGUUCACAAGAGCGAGCACAACCACUCCACUAAGUCCCGUGAAGCCUACACUUUCCACAUGUUUGAUCAGGCACAGUCCACAUACGAUGAGAGAAACUGGCUACAACCAACGGCUGCCAAUACCUUCAAACGUUUGUAUCCAGAGUCCUGAUAACAAUGUAAAAUGGAACACUCGCAAAAUACAUACUUCCGUUGUUUGUAUCAUCACUCUCCUGUACAGAGAUAUCUAAUGUUCAUUCCUGUGAUUGUUACUUGUUAUCUAUGUGUUUAUCUAUGUUACCCUUGUAGUCAGAUUUUAAUGGUAUCAUAACAUUUUACUCGUAUAAUGUUCAUGCUACCUCAGAACUGUAUGAAAUGUGCUCUUUUAUUCUGCAGAUGUAUAAACUUUGCGAUUUUACAGAGAG